GAGCUAUGUCAUCCAACGGAGGAAAGAUCGGUGACUUCCCGACAGAUGCUAUGACCCUGAACAGGUUUGUGAUGGAGGAGCAGAUGAAGCACCCGGGCGCAUCAGGAUCCCUCUCCCUGCUCCUGAGCGCACUCUGCACUGCUUGCAAGGCUACUGAGGCUGCGGUGCGUAAAGCUGGAAUAGCACAGCUAUACGGGAUCGCUGGUGACUCCAACUCGUCCGGGGACGAACAAAAGAAGCUUGAUGUCCUGGCCAACGAACUGUUUAUCAACCUUCUCAAAAGCUCCUACCAGACAUGUGCUAUGGUGUCCGAAGAGAACGAGGAUAUGAUAGAGGUGCCCAUGUCAAAACACGGCCGAUAUAUCGUGUGUUUUGAUCCUCUGGACGGCAGUUCCAACAUCGACUGCUUGGUUUCAAUUGGCUCCAUAUUCGGGAUCUACAAGAGAGAUAAGGAAGGUCCUGUUUCGAAGGAAGAUUGCUUGCUGCCUGGCAACAAGCUGGUAGCAGCGGGGUACUGUGUGUUUGGAACAGCGUGUAUGAUGGUCCUCUCAACUGGUCACGGUGUUAACGGCUUCACUCUGGAUCCUUCUAUUGGAGAGUUUAUUCUUACUGCUUCCAACAUGAGAAUCCCGACUAAGGGCAAGAUCUACUCCACCAACGAAGGAAACGCUCAAUACCUGGACAGCAAACUACAGAAGUACCUGAAUGACUGCAAGUUCCCAAAAGACGGUGGUAAACCGAAAGCUGCUCGGUACGUCGGGUCGAUGGUUGCGGAUGUGCAUCGCACUAUUUGCUACGGGGGGGUUUUCAUGUACCCGGCCAACUCAACCGCUGCCAACGGUAAACUGAGACUACUGUACGAGUGCAAUCCCAUGUCUUACAUUGUAGAACAGGCUGGCGGGAAGUCCGUUACUGGGAGAGGUGACGAGAGGGUACUGGACUUGAUACCCACGGGACUUCACCAGCGGUGUCCUAUUUAUCUAGGAUCCUCCGAUGACAUUGAUGUUAUUUUGUCUUACCUCAAUGAGUAAAAUAAUGAACUCGGUAUUCUUUUAGUGUGAAUUAUUAAGUGUGACUUUUUCGAAUCCUUGCACCAUCAUGUAAUCCUGAAAAUCAUUCGGUUUGUAAUUUUAAUGCAUUUAUUAAUUUAAUGCUGAUUAUUUUUAAAGGUCUAACGAAAUUUCAUGUAUAGAUUUAGUUCUUAGACGUGUUGGUGAA